GGCAAGGCAGCGCGGCGAGGGAGAGGGCUUCGAGCUGGUGAGCAAGAUGAAGAAGUUGGAGGACGAACUUUGGCAACGAGGUAGAGUUCAUCGUGUAGUGCUGACUGGAGGUCCUUGCGGUGGAAAGAGUACUGUCAUGAGCGACCUGGUGCAAAUGCUGUCUGAAAAGAACUUUGUUGUGUUCACUAUGCCGGAGAUAGCAACAGAAAUGUUCAAUUGGUCAGGUGGCCGGAUGUGGUCAGACUUUGCAGAGGAUGGCCCCGCAGACAAUGAGACCUGGGCACAGCUCCAGUAUGAAAUGACCAGUUUGCAGAUGCACGUCGAAGACAGCAUCCUGAUGAUGGCCAGGCAAUCCUUGACGAAGCGAAGGAUGCUUCCUGAUCCUCCGCGAGGAGCAGUCAUUCUUCUUGAUAGGGGUGUGGUGGACAAUGUCGCAUACUGCACAGAGGAAGCAUGGUCUAUGGUUCAGGAGAAGCUUGGCACAACCACUGCACGGCUUCGUGACAGGCGUUAUGAUCAUGUCAUCCACUUGGUCACAGCCGCCAAUGGGGCAGAGAAGUUCUACACGCUGCAGCAAGCUGAAGGUAAUGGCACGGAGAGUGCUCGCCAUGAGACGUCCGAGCAAGCCCGUGCCAUGGAUGUGAAGACGCAACAGGCAUGGUUGGGCGUCAAAAAUCACCACAUCGUUUCGAAUGAAGGUAAGGAUUUUGCAAAGAAACGAGAGGACGUCAAGAACAUUGUCCGGAGGAUAAUUGGCGAUCCUGUCACAGUCGAGCGUAAGUCGCGCUGGGUGUGCGACUUCUUGAGCCGCGACGAAGUGAAGCGCCUUCUUCGACUAGACCCGCAGGCUGGCUACAUGUCGUUCAGCGAGGUCCGAAGCACACUGUUGAGUGACAAGGUUCGUCUUCAGAAGAGAACGAUGCAGGACAGGACACUCUCCUAUUUCUAUCAGGACAUGAAGGAGGAUGGGACCGUCGAAUUGCAGUUCGAAAUGGAUGCUUGGCACUACCAAAAGAAGUUCCGGGCAUCAGAAGCUGGUCAUGAGACGGCAGUUAAAGAUGCCUCGGUAGGGGCAGAAGGUCACACUUUCGACAGCUUGGAGGACUGUUUGUCAGGCAUAUGCUCUUCAUGGCACACGUGGAGCGUUGCUCCAUCCAGGAACAGAUCAUCACCUUCAUCUACAACGGCACGUUCAUCAGGUCACACUUCUUUCAGACUCCUGCGAAGGAGUCAAUGCUCGUCGUGGAAGUGGAGGCCUCGCCGGAGGACGCAGCGCAGAAGCUUCCAAGAUGGCUUCGCCCGAAAGGCACUGUUGACGAGCUUUGCCCAUGCUCGAAACUGCUUGCUUUGGCGUGACCUCGUACUCAGAUGCCUUGGUCCAGUGACAAGGUGACAAGGCACUUGGACUAUUUGAUGGCCUUCCACCAUGGUGUGGCCGGCAAUCCGUAGGGAUAUGCUGGCUGUGCGCACACAUGGCGCCGCGUGCAAGAAAAAUCUCUAGCGACGCGGUAGUGUAGCGACGAAGCCAAGAGCGAAGUCCACAAUUGAGGCAUCGCUAUUGUGAAGUGCCCAGUCAAGUUGGGGCUCGCAAAUAAUUGCAGCAACACUUGGGUAUAUUUGUAUGUCAGCAUGCUGCACAGAUCGCACAG